UGCUGCCUUCCCCUCCCCCCCCCCGUCUCUCGCAAGGCAAAAGUGACAAGAGCUCAUAGCAAAUAGAGAAAUGCAGAAUUUUAGCAUUGCUCAGGAAUCCUUCUUCGUUUUAUUUGGGGAUGUGGGUGGGAGACGUUCUACUGUCCAGUCACAGCAACAAUAGAUUCUGGAUUGCAGGAGUGGGCAGCUGCCAGGUCGGGUGCGCUUCGGAAAGCAACGAAGGAAAGAAGCAGUGGCCAUCAGCAAGUCUCAGAACAUGAAGCUAUCAAUCUAUGUUUUCUGCGUCUAUGUGGCAAAGUAUAUAACGUUUUUACCAUAGAGGUAGCAAGCACUUCUUGAAGUUCAUGAGGCUCUUAAGCCCUCGAGAGGAAGGGCGGGCGAAAUCUUACUAAAUUAGAACUAGUCGUGCCCAUUUGUGUAAGGCCGAUUUCGCCACAACUGGAGAGGAUUAAGAGUCCAAGCCACACCGUCCUCCAGCAAGAAGAGCUACUCUCCCCGUACUUAGAAUGCCCACAGUUGUCACCCAGUGGCUACUAGCAGAGCGAAAUCCUCCAGGAAGAAGGAGGGGAUCCAUCCAUAGCCAACCUGAUGGGAAAGACUACAUUUUCUAGAGUCACAUGCAUGCAUUGCAAACCUAGAGGAGUUGGUUCUUCCCGGAAGUAUCCUCCCAUAGCCCUGAUUGGCCGAUCCAGGAUGACACGUGAGACUGGGGGAAAGAUGGCGGAGCCGCAGAGCGUCUCUCCGGAGGACCCCUGGGGAGGAAAAGUUGUUGACUCAACAUUUAGUGACAACGGGCUGGAUCCUGCAUUGUUUGUGGAAAGCAGGAGAAAAGGGAGCAUUGCUUCAAGAGCCAACAGCAUCGGUUCUACCAGUGCCUCUUCUGUACCAAAUACAGCUGACAAGGACUGUUCUCCUGCCACAGAUGAUGAAGAUUCUGACUACCAGCAGGAGGCCUAUAAAGAAACCUACAAGGACCGCCGCCGCCGCGCCCACACCCAGGCUGAACAGAAGCGGAGGGAUGCCAUCAAAAAAGGCUAUGAUGAUUUACAGGCAAUCGUACCCACAUGCCAGCAACAAGAUUUCUCAAUAGGCUCUCAGAAGCUAAGCAAGGCAAUUGUGCUGCAGAAAACCAUUGACUACAUUCAGUUCUUGCACAAGGAAAAGAAGAAGCAGGAAGAAGAGGUCUCCACGCUUCGGAAAGAUGUGAUGGCCUUGAAAAUCAUGAAAGUAAACUAUGAACAGAUUGUCAAAGCACACCAGGACAACCCAAACGAGGGCAAGAACCAGGUCUCUGACCAAGUGAAGUUCAACGUUUUCCAAGGCAUCAUGGAUUCCCUGUUUCAGUCCUUCAAUGCCUCCAUCUCAGUGACAAGCUUUCAGGAGCUUUCUGCAUGUGUCUUCAGCUGGAUAGAGGAGCACUGCAAACCACAGACCCUCCAGGACAUUGUCAUCGGCGUCUUGCAACAGCUGAAGAGCCAACUCUACUAACCAUUGCUCACAACUGAGCAGCCUAGGAGAGGCAUAUUACAGCUUGGAGCAAUGUGGUGAAGGGGCCUUGUUCCUGCCACUACUUCCUCUUCAAGCUUUUCUUGGGGCUACUGAUUACAUUUACCUCUACAACCCUCCUCUCAGCCUGCACUGCCAAGCUCUUUCAGUGAGCAGGAAAGUGAUUAGCUAUCUGUUGAAGAGGAUCCGUCACUGCAAUAUCCCCCCUCUGAGCCUUGGCUCUGUUCCUUUUUGUAUGUUGACCUAGCUUGUCUGAAACUAACCUACAGUACACCAGUCCUAGGGUUCCACAAUGAGUCUGACUCCUUUCCCAAGAGCACAGAAGCACUGGGACUUGAGCGCCUUCCAGGCUUCCCUUCACCUUAAAUCAGUAGCUGAGCUUCUGAAUUCUCAGUGCAAGACACUGAGACAUUACACAUUUGGCUCAGCUUAAGUGGCACUGGCUAAGAGCUGCCAACUCUGCUUUGCACACAGACACUCGGAUUCAAUGCCAAGACAGCUUUAUGUAGCAUAUGCUUUGGGCUAGGUUCUGGGCCCUGAAUAAGUUAUGCAAUAAAUUGGCUUGCUUUGCAUAAUUCUUCUGCAACCCUUGCAGAGAGGCAAUAAGCCAUACCACUGAAGCCACAACCUCCCAAUCCUUUUUGUCCUCCUCCAGCUUUUGUAAGUGCUUGACCUACUCACAAGCAUUGCCUGCUUUCAGUACUACAGAUGCAAGAGUCUGGCUAAGCUUAGAUUCUGUUUAAGAAUCACAAGUGGCUUUUUGAGCACUUCAGAGCCCCUCAGUUUCCAAAGAUACAGUAACAUGAGCCGAAGCCAACCCUCCAAUGCAAUGUCUGCUUUCUGUUGUUCACCAACCACACAAAAAAGAAUGUGGGUCUCCUGUUCUUAAUAGGCACUGCUUUCUGGAUCUGCUGCUGGUUGGUGGUGAAGGACUCUAGCUUGGACAGACCUCACUUGUGAAAAUUAAAGUAUUUUUAUAUGAUGACAAGCAUUCUAAUAAAUUUUGCAAAGUGUUUGAAUGA